UAUUUAAUCUACUGUAAACAAAUAAUUUAGAGUAAAACAAAUAAAAAAAUGGAAAUAUGUUUGAGCAUCACACCUAGAAGAAAUUUUCUGAGAUUUCCAACAUUUAAAAAUUAUUCGGAUUAGGGCAUGUUAGCUUUACAAAAUGUUGAAUUCUCUCCAAAGUAAAGAUAGUAGUUAGCAUCAUAAACUCUACACGACUACUAAGCCGUCGUAAAAUAAGGGAUUACCAGGCGCCCCAAGGCCAAGGCUAACCACUUAGAACACUAAUUUGAAAAAAAUAAUAAAUAUUAAGCAACUCGAACUAUAAUUUUAUAUAGGCUAACAAUAGCCUAAUUAUAAUGAAUUUGAAUGUGACAAAUGAAGCCAACAGUUGGCAGAGGCAAACCUUUAAGUUGAAAACUGUUGAGUUUGAUACUAAAAAGGCGAAACGUGAGCGGUGUUGUUUUGCUAUAAAACAGAUUUGGGAGUUUUUAGAAAGCUAUGUUGGUCUUGCCAACACUCAUGGAGCAGAAUUUAUUUUGGAACAGCACUGGAACAAAUUCGUACCUCACGCAGCUCAAGACUCCGUACUUAACCUAAAUUAUGAUGAACUGGUUAAGUUACCACUAUAUCAUCAUGUAGUAGUUGAUGUAGGCUUAACAGAACAUCAUGAUUAUGAAGCUUCUCAGCUACAGGAGGAGGAACAUAAUCAUAAUCCUACUCCUUGCCCUUGCCAUAAUGAUGAUUAUAGAGAGAAAAAUGGUGGUACCCUAACAAAAAUGAAUGAUAAUAAGGUAAACUGACUAAACUAAAUUAAAAUAGAAUUCAUAGUAUAGUUCUUGAUAAAUUUUGAAUAGGGCCUGCAUGCAAAUGAAUUUUUUUUAAUAGUAGCCUAUCUUGCAAGAUUGCUUACAACUAUUACCUGAUUAAUUACUUAAGACAUAAGAGUCUACACUAAAUAAAGUAACAUUUUAUUUGUUCAUUUUUUUCCUUUAUAAAGACGAAGUGGAUGCGUACACCGCGGCGGUGUACCUAGCGAAACCAUCGGCUUUGGCCAGUGUAAACCGCGGCAGUGUACCUAGUGAAAGCGUGGGCUUUGGCCUUGGUACACCGCGGAAAAAAUGUACCAUUGGCCUGGUUUUAAGAUAUGCUUGUUAGGGAAGAUCUUGUGUGGUCAAGUGGUAGAGUGGACUCUUGGCGAUAAUAUAGUUUGAGAUCAAUUCUCAGUAGGGGAUUGAGGUUUUUUUCCUCCCAUUUUAGUUUUAAAAUAUUUUGUAGCAAUGUAAACAAUUUAAAUAUAUAUAUAUAAGUGUUUCAACAAGUUGUGCCGGCCUUUGACUUUGAAAAUACCGGUAAAUUUAGUAAUAAGACUUUAGACAUUUGAAAACAAACUUAAAGUUUCUGAAAGCGCAUGUAUAGUGUAUGUCAAUGUAACAUGUAUAAGAGAAACAUUAUGAAUACUAAGUGACUGAUAUUCUAUUGUGUUUCAACAUUCUUCGUGUAGUUGAAUAUUUAAAUUUUACUAUUACGAACACUCAAAGAAAAUACCAGUAUGAAUAAUAUUCAUACCAUAUGAAUAUUAAUGUGCAUGGUCGUAUUUCAACCUUGAACCAUCUUGCUUUCACUAUUCCUCAUGCAUUGGCAAAGUGUACAUACGACGAUAUCAAAGGUUCAUUCACAACACUCAGUCUCACAGCAAAUCUUUUGAAAACACCUUGAUUUUAGAAACUUGCGGAGCGGUAGCAAACUGUAUAGCAAAGCCAUAGGUCUGCGUUUACCCUUUUCAUGACGGAAUUUAUUUCCAGAAUGGCAUGGCAUGUGCUAUUCUCAGGGUAAAACAUGAUGUUUUCUCAUAGAAACCAUUGCACAAUGGGCUUGGACAGGAUUGGCGCUAUGUCAAAGUUUUUUUUUUUGUUGUUUUUUUUUGUUAAGAAAUCGAUCCUUGCCGGGGGGGUGGGGGUGGAGUUGAGUUAUGGGCAGAGGCUUAACCAAAAAGGGGGCAUUCACAAAUCACGGCUCAGGAUAGGGGUUGUCCACAAAGGACGUCCCCGCACAACACUUACCUUUUGCAUCCCCCCCCCUCUUUCCGCCAGCAUUUUUUACUAAUGUGUAAUGCCAAUGUAAAACUAAAUCAAUGAUAUUUAGUUAUUGUUAAAAGACUUUCAAAAAUCACUGCAGUGUUUCGUAUUUAUCAUCUUACUGCUGUUUUGUGUUGACACAUGCUUGGUAUCACAAUGACAAUGCAUCAGACAACUUUAACUUCACGACUUCAUGAUCAAUGUAUGAGUAUGUGAUUCUCUUCCCGUAGUGUAUUUGUGGCGUAACAAAAUAGAUUCACUGUCUUCCCAUUCAUUUUUACACCAUGCCCCGAGGGAUCACAUACAAUGUUAUAUUUAUAAUGCCCCCCCCCAAAAAAAAACAAACAAACAACUGGAUUUGGGGGGGGGGGGCAUGAGAGAAUAAUUUCAAAUUAAGAUUCACAAUCAUAUGAUAAAACUUACAAUUAAUAAAUAUAUUUGUAUUUCAAUAUAUUGGGGGAGGGGGGAAUAAAGUGCUUAACUUUAAAAAUAAAUCAUGGUUUAACAUUACACCCCCAGCCCCCUCCCUUCCAAAAAUAAUAAGAAAUGCUUUACAUGCACUUUGCCACAUAGGCGUGGACCUUGCUCAAUAUCUUCCCAAGGUAAUAAACGAAUUUUAAAUAAAUAGUUUUCAGUUUUAACACGAGUAUAACAUUAAAUCUACAAGUUAAAGACUCGCAAAGACCAUAGUUUUGCUACUUUAAAUCGCUGCGGUGUACGCAGGCCACAGACCAUGAUUUAGCUAGGUACACCGCCGCGGUGUACGCAGGCCAAAGUCAAUAGUUUCACUAGGUACACCGCCGCGGUGUACGUAGUGCCGGCCUUAUAAAUAAUGAUUUUUCCACUUUUUCUGUUCAAUUUUUCUCUUAACAUACCUCGCAAAUAAAAUUAUCCAAAAUAAAAAGUCUUGAUGUUAUGUAAAAGUUUUGUUCUUCAUUGAGUUGUAUAUUGCAUUGAGAAUGUCUCCUGAAAAUUUGGUAGCAUUACAUUUUAACAUAAAAAAAGUUGUGGGCAAAAUAAAGCAGAAAUUUGGAAAGUCUGCCACAAGUUUUUCACAGUUAAGUGCAAGGAUACACAUAAGGGGGUGUAAAAAAUUCACAAAAUGAAUCAUAAAUUCAUUUCUAUAAAAACUAGAAAGAUGAAUAGCUAGCCCUUUAAAAUGAUAUAUCUUUUAUGGACACUAUUGAAAAUUUCUGUCAAAGUACCUAGUGACAUUCACAUCAGUGACAUCUGCCAUCCUAAAAUCCUAGUUAAUCUAAAAUGAAUUUUUUCUUUCAGUACACAUCACUCACUCCCUGACUCCAGUUGUAAUGAGUUAUAGUGACAUUUCUACACACUGUCUCUGACACUGAUGUAAAUAGUGAUAUUUUCAUUAGAAAUAGAAAUAAAACUACACAUCAUACAUGCCCACCUUAUAGAUUUGUAUGAGUAAGGCCAUACAGAAGUAUUUCACUGGAUUUAUAAAAGAAAGAUUUUUUCGCAUGACAGAGACAAAAUUCUUUUGAAAAUUAUAAUUGGCCUUGCAAUAAAUUCAACAUUGGUCUGCAAAAUUGCCAAGAGGAAAGUUAAAGUGGUGGUGUCGAAUCCCAUAGAUUCUUGAUUUUAUUUGUCAUGUAUUUAUUUUUUUGGGUAAAUCUCUUAUGUUCCAACUCUUAUUUCAUGUUUAUUGUCUACAGUGGCUAAGCUCUUUUACACAUCAAGCAUAUCAGUGCCAUCUAGAAAACCUGAACAUUUUGACAAGUCUUUCUGAAGCUGUGGGAUACCAAAACAUGAAUACUUUCAAAAGCCAUGAUGUUGUUUCUGAGGCUAUGUCCGAGAAAAAAGUUCAUGAAGUUGGCAUCAUGUCAGAGGCUGUGGUGGCUACAUUCAGUGCAUGCCAAGCUGAUAUUGUAAGUUAAUAUCAUAAUAAUACAUUAAAUGCAUGCCAAGCUGACAUUGUAAGUUAAUAUCAUAAUAAUACAUUCAAAGCAUGCCAAGCUGACAUUGUAAGUUAAUAUCAUAAUAAUACAUUCAAAACAUGCCAAGCCAAAUUAACAGCAUAAUGUUAAAUAAAAAUAAAUGUUUGAAACCCCAUGAUGUUUGCAUGUUUUUUUUUCAAGGUUUAUUUCCAUGGUUUAUUUCCAUGGUUUAUUUGCUUGAUUUAUUUGCACAGUUUAUUUGCUUAGUUUAUUUCCAUGGUUUAUUUGCUUGAUUUAUUUGCACAGUUUAUUUGCUUAGUUUAUUUCCAUGGUUUAUUUGCUUGGUUUAUGUCCAUAUUUAUAUUUCUUUAGGAAUAUGAUUGACAUUUUAAAUUCUUGCUGUUAACUUAAUUUAAGUGAAAAAAGCAAUUUAUUUAAAUUAUACAAAAAACCUUAUCUGGGAUAAAACAAUUCUUUAAAUAUUUUGUGAAGUUUCAAUACCCGUUAUUUUUUUAAAUAAUUGUAAAUAUUAAUCUUAAUGGUAUUGCAAGACAGAUACUAAUAAUUGCUAUGUACUAAUUUAUCGUAAAAAAUUUGUUAUAACUCUUUGAUAAACUAAAAGUGUUAUUUUGAUUUAAGUUUUGGGUGCUUUUUUUCCAUGGCCGAUUUCAGAUUGUUGACAUAGGCAGUGGUAAAGGCUACCUUGGGGCGGAGGUGUCAAGGUCACAUGUUAUUUCAGUGCUUGGGAUGGACUCAAGUGAGACCAACACUCAUGGAGCCAUCAGGCGGGACGCUCAGCUAGGGAAGAGAUGGAACGGCUUAGUCAAGAGGAAAGGCAAACCUGGCAGUUAUAAUAAAGUAAGGCUUACUAAGUUAUUCUGUUAACUGAGUUAUUCUGUUUACUUAGUUAUUCUAUUUACUAAGUUAUUCUGUUUAAUAUGGUGCUUUGUUUCCUGAAUUCUAGGUCUUAUAUUGGUUUUUUAUAAAACUAUAUAUUGAAUUAGACAACAUUCACACACCUAUAAUCUCAAAUAUAUAAUGGCAAUGACAAUAUUCAAAACACAUAAAUUGUAGUGUAUUAGUAAUAAAUUAUAAUUUUUUCCUUCGUGAAACUAAUAAUUUUGAGGCAAAAUUUAGCAGUUUUUAAAAUCCCCAUUGAUGUUGCAGUAUGAUUUGGAGAAAAUUUGCUUUCAUAAAUCUCACUCUACUAUGUCCAAAGUUCUGGUCUUCUAUGUCCCAUCUUCUCAUAUACUUUGUCCAAUGUUCUGAUCUACUGUGUCCAAAGUUCUGAUCUACUAUGUCUAAAGUUUUGUUCUACUAUGUCCAAAGUUCUGUUCUUCUAUGUCCCAUGUUCUCUUCUACUUUGUCCAAUGGUCUGAUCUACCGUGUCCAAUGUUCUGAUCUACUAUUUCCAAAGUUCUGAUCUACUAUUUACAAUAUUCUGAUAUUUUUCCUUAAGCCCUAGACAUUUACUGUAGGAAGCUAAUUAUUUUUUUCAAUUAGCAGAGCUGCUGUGCUGUUGAGCAGAAACAGUCAAAUAAGGGAGAUAAUCAGCACCAUACCAUAACAAAAGCAGAGGGCACUAAUGUAGGUGAGAUUGAAAGGUUUAGAUGUAGAAGUAAACAAUGUUUCAGGCGUAGAUUAUGAUAUGGUUGGGAUGGAAUUUUGAGUUAUAACAUGUUGUAAAGGGAAUGUGAAUUAUAAUAUGGUUGGGAUGCAACGUGAGUUAUAACAUGUUGUAAAGGGAAUGUGAAUUAUAAUAUUAUUAUGGUUGGGAUGGAAUUUUGAGUUAUAGCAUGUUGUAAAGGGAAUGUGAAUUAUAAUAUUAUUAUGGUUGGGAAGGAACGUCAGUUAUAGCAUGUUGUAAAGGGAAUGUGAAUUAUAAUAUUAUUAUGGUUGGGAAGGAACGUGAGUUAUAGCAUGUUGUAAAGGGAAUGUGAAUUAUAAUAUUAUUAUGGUUGGGAAGGAACGUGAGUUAUAGCAUGUUGUAAAGGGAAUGUCAUUAUAAAUGGUUGGGAUGGAAUGUGAGUUAUAACAUGUUGUAAAGGGAAUGUGAAUUAUAAUAUGUUAGGGGUGGAUUGUGAAUCAUAAUAUGUGAGGGAGUGCGUUCAAGCAGUGUAAAUUAAAUAGUGGAACAAGAUAUGUUUAGCUUUUUAAAAAAAGACUGGACAGUUAAAAGGACAUUUCUAAAUAGAUUCUGAGAACUACGUUAAUAUCUUCCAAAAAAUUUGUUGUAAUGUUCAUUUUUUAAUUAUUUGUUGUUUCUUGUUUUUUUAUUUCUGCUUAAGAAUACAAUCAGCCUAAACAUCUUUUUAAUUCCUUUUUUAUUAACCUCGCUUUUGUUAGUGUGUUUCUAUGUUUAAAAUCUUCAGAUGGCUAAUUGACCCACUUCCCAUCAUCCUAUUGACCUGAAACUUGGCCCACAGGAUUGAUGUUGAUGACAGCACAUUCUUUCAAAAUUUCAGCUCCACCCCCAACCCCCGAAAAUCUAUUUUUCAAGGGGAAGAUGAAUGAAAUAUGAUUUUUUCAAUGGGUGCGAGUUUUGGUGUAGAGAUUAAUUGUGUAGCUAUCGCUAUGUACAUUUUAUUUGUGACUUAUUUGGAAUGCAGUAAAAAUAAAAUGUAUUUCUGAAAGGGAAAAUGGAGGAAAUAGGAAACAUGUUUUUUACAUAACCGCUUCUUAAUAAAUGAUAAAUCCCUUACAAUGACAUCAAUGCAAACAAAAAUGUAGAUAAAGGAUUUAUAGGAACAACUUCUUUUCUAGGGGUUGUUUGAUUAAAUGUCCUGACCUUUUUUUCUAGGGGUUGUUUGAUUAAAUGUCCUGCCCUUUUUGUACUCAUCCUCCCACCCUAAAUCAUGCAAAGAUUCUAUACCUUUCUCACAACUUCUUAGACUACGGCGUCUCUGCCAAAUUGAUGAGGAAUUUCUAGAAAGAGCCGAUGAAAUGAUGGAUUUCUUCCGCUCCAGAUCCUAUCCUGAAACUACUCUGGUCUCAGCACUAGAUCGCAUCAGCACGAUCACACGAAAAGAGGCUUUCAAAACUCGCCCUAACAACAAUGAGGAUCGUACCAAACUUAUACUAACCUACCACCCUCACAAUUUAACUGCCAAAAAAAUAUUCCUAAAAAAUCGUAGCAUACUUCUUGCUGACCCUGAUACCAAGAACUAAAACUAAGACCAUCGGUGAACGCUCCUUCUGCUUCCAUGGGCCCACGUUCUGGAACCAGCUCCCCUUCCAUAUACGUCAUAGUGAAACCUCGUCCAUUUUCAAAAAGUCCCUUAAAACUCAUCUGUUUAGGUCCGCCUAUGACCUGUGAUGCACCCUCCUUGCCCUACCUCAUUUUCUGUUUCGGGUUGAUCCUGAAGUGUCAAAGUGUCCUCGUUUUAUAGUCAUUUUCAUUGUUUCUAUAAAAUAGUAGUUACUAUCCUAGUAUCUCAUUUGUAUUUACUUAGUUUACAUGUUUUAAUAAUUGUAAAGCGCUUAGAGCUUUAUGAUAAGCGCUAUAUAAAAAUGCCUAAAUAAAUAAAUAAAUAAAUACCAACAGGGUUUUCUCAUCCCCUCCACUGAUUGUCUUUAGACGGGACAGAAAUCUAGGUGAUCUUCUGGUUCAUAGUCGCCUUCGAUCUGAACCGUCCUACGUUGGUACUAAACCAUGCUUAAGAGGCCGCUGCAGAACUUGUCCCUUUACACUCCAAACUGAAAGCAUUGGCCUCCCUAAAGGUACCUUUACCAUUUAAGAGGGUUUCACCUGUGUCAGCAGAAAUGUAAUAUAUGCGAUUGUUUGCCGUAGAUGCCAAUCAAGUUACAUAGGGGAAACUGGGAGAAGAUUGGCUGAUAGGUUUACUGAACAUCUAAGGGAUAUUGAGCAAUGUAAACCUUCCCCGGUCUCUUCUCAUUUCAACCAAAAAGAACAUAAAGGUGCUUUGGAUGUAACCAUUACGGCAUUGAUUUCAUGCAGUAACACACCAGAUAGGGUUAAAAUGGAAAAUAAAUUUAUUCAGCUGUUUGGCACCAUAUCUCCAUAUGGUAUUAAUCAAAUAAUAUCCUACUGAUGUUUCUCCGUUUCCCUAUAUUUCAUCUAUUUUCUUAUUGCUGUUUGUUGAUGUAUCCCUGGAUAUUCUGGUCCAUUAUUAUUGUGGACUUUAUUUUUCACAGUGUCAAUAUUUAUAUUCUCUCGCUUCCUGUUUUCCCACUUCCGGAGAGACGAAUGAAUACUGCUUGAGUUUUCUACUGUGUUCUUUUCUUUGUUGUAUUUUCAUUUCUAUUGUUGGCUGAGGAAGGCUUUAUGCCGAAACGUCCUUUUUUGUCCUGUUACCUUAUUUGAAGCUUCCACAUACCUCGUUUCACUAUUUCAUUCAUUUACAUAGCUUGAAAGCAGUCCCUUCAUUUAUUUCUUCUUGAUUAAAUGUCCUGCCCUUUUUUUUUCUAGGGUUUGUUUGAUUAAAUGUCCUGACCUUUUUUUUUCUAGUGGUUGUUUGAUUAAAUGUCCUGACUUAUUUUUCUAGGGGUUGUUUGAUUAAAUGUCCUGACCUUAUUUUUCUAGGGGUUGUUUGAUUAAAUGUCCUGACUUAUUUUUCUUGGGGUUGUUUGAUUAAAUGUCCUGACUUAUUUUUCUAGGGGUUGUUUGAUUAAAUGCCCUAACCUUUUUUUUUCUAGUCUAAACAUAUUUUGUUCCAUUAUUUAGUUAAUGUGAAUUAUAAGAUGCUAGGUAUUAAUAUUGAAUGAUAAGAUGCUAGGUAUUAAUAUUGAAUGAUAAGAUGCUAGGUAUUAAUAUUGAUUGAUAAGAUGCUAGGUAUUAAAAUUGAAUUAUAAGAUGCUAGGUAUUAAAGAAUGAAUGAUUAGAUGCGAGGUGUCUAUAUAUCACACAGUUAUGAAAUCAACAUGAUGAAAUCAACAUGAUGAAAUCAACAUGAUGAAAUCAACAUGAUGAAAUCAACAUGAUGAAAUCAACAUGAUGAAAUCAACAUGAUGAAAUCAACAUGAUGAAAUCAACAUGAUAAAAUCAACAUGAUUUCAUUCCUUAUUGCUUGAAAAAUAUUUGAGCAAAAGUUGAGAAGUUGACUCAGGGCCAUGUCCACAAAAGUUGGUCAAAUUAUUUGCGGUCAAGUAAAUGUUGAAAGUUAUUCAAUUUUUGUAGUUCAUGCACCUAGUCUGUGCAAGAGGAAAUAGACGAAUUAUAGAAUUGUUCUAGUAUCAGUUACCCCCUCUUUUUUUUAAAAUCGAAACAAUCCCUUGGGCAGUUUAAAUAAUGAUUUAUUUUGUGUCCUAACUUCAUGUAACUUCAUCAAGUUUAUUAUGAAUAAUUGAUUGUUUGGUUCUAAGGUUCCAACUGAUUUGGACGAAGCAUCAGAAAUUUAUAAACCAGACAGAGAGAAACAGGCUAGUCACAAUCCAGACAAUGAGGCACAGGCUAGUCACAAUCCAGACAGAGAGAAACAGGCUAGUCACAAUACAGACAAAGAGGCACAGGCUAGUCACAAACCAGACAUUAAGCCACAGGCUAGUCACAAUCUUUAUGUUCCCAUCACAAAGUUUGUUCAUCCAGAGAUGAACCUUCGACAAGUCAUCCAACAGCAUGCUCCCCAUUUGUUUGCAGGAACUCAGGCAAAACUUCUACUUACAGGUAAGAAUAGAACACGCUGUCUGGAUGAAAUGAAGCUAAAAUUCUACUUACAGGUGAAGAUUAAGCGAGACCUGCUUUGAAGGAAGUGAUUGGAAGUAAAUGUAUUGGUUUGCAGAACCCAGAUUAGGUCAGCCUUUUAAUUGACGCUAGUCGUUGAAAGGAUAAUAUAUUUCAUAUGUGUGGCAGUCUGCCUGCUCCAAUGUAGCAGAUAUUUAUGUCUGCAUACAUUUGGCAGUCUGGCUGUUACAAUGUAACAUAUUUUACAGGUCUGCAUACUUGUGGUAGUCUGGCUGUUACAAUGAUGAGAUUGUUUGUACAAGAUCCUGGUGCUGCUGGUCUGUGUUGUGUUGGUUGUUGUUAUCAACUGAUGGAAGAACCAGACAAGAGUAAGUCUAUGUUUCCAACUAUUUAUUCUGUCUAUAGUCUUUUUUCAAUGGUAUCUUCUGUCUAUACAGUCUAUGUUGCUAUUUCUUCUGUCUGCACAGUCUGUGUUUCUAUUUCUUCUGCCUGUACAGUAUAUAUCCAACUAUUUCUUCUGUCUGUACAGUCUUUCUUUCCAACUAUUUAUUCUGUCUGUGCAGUCUGUUUCCAAGCUGGCAGUUUUGAUUUUUCAAUUUCCCAUUUCUCAAACUUCAUUUCUUGACAAUUUCAAGUUAGAAUGUCUUAACCCUCUAUUACGCAAUGUUGCCAUUUGGCAACAAAGCGAAAUUACACUACUGCUAGUACUGCAAGCCCAAUUUUUAAUUUGUUGGAGUGGUUCCCCUUUUCAAUUACGAGGUUUCAAACUUUUAUCCUGAAUCUAUUACGCAAUGUUGCCAUUUGGCAACAAAGCGAAAUUACACUACUGCUAGUACUGCAAGCCCAAUUUUUAAUUUGUUGGAGUGGUUCCCCUUUUCAAUUACGAGGUUUCAAACUUUUAUCCUGAAGAUGUCUUCACUUUCGCUUUGCAGUUUUUAUGUAAGAACACAUUUUAGACGGUCACAGUUGACUACAAUUUUUUCCGCCGAAUCCAGUAAGUACAAGCUGUUUUUUUAUAUCACAUAAUGAUAAUUCCUGUUAUAAAAAAUAAAGAAUGUUAAAUUUAAUGUUUGAACUGAUAUUAAAUGAGCUUAUGUUUGAUAUUUGUCAUCAUAGGUGGAUGACAUACGAAAAAAAUGGUAUGUUGCCAAUUGGCAACAGUGCGUCGAUGUGGUUAAUUUUUUGUGUUUAUUUUUUUGUUGCCAAAUGGCAACAUACAAUAUAUAACCAGUUUAUAAGCUAUCUGAAUAAUAUUUUAUUUAUGAAAUAUCUAUACAUAUCUAAUAUUAAUGUUAUCCUUUUAUAUUUUGAUCAAGUUAACACGUUUUAAAUUAAUGUUACAAUUCUUUUUAUUAAAAAAAAUGAAUAGAUACUAUACAAGAUAUAAGCCUAUAUUGUAAGUUAUUUUUUGUGUUGAAUUAUUAGUUUCCUAUAAUGUUGUUUUCUUCUAGAAUUAAAAUAUCCAAACAUCAAAGCAGUCAUGGAACCAUCAUGCUUUUAUGGAAAAAAUAAAAAUGUGGAUAUUCCUGCUAUUCCUGAGGACUCCGAGCUGUCUUCACGCGAUGAUGAUAUAGAUGAAUCUUUGACUCCAGAACACAACAAGUAUGUUUUCAUAUACUUUUUUAAAUUGCAUUUAAUCUCUAAUAUUUUUUAAAAGAACAAUUAUAUAAUAUUCAAGCCAAAAGUUAAAGUAAACACUGAAAAAUAAUAUUUAAAAUUUCCCUUUUCAGCUUCAACCAUAUCAGACUCAGACCGUGAAACUAACGCCACACCUGGUAAUUCUUUAGACACUGCAAUCCAACCACGGGCAAAACUAUUUGCAAGAAAUUUGCUUUGACACCACAGAGAUGAAGCUGACAUCCAGCUAUUGGCACUGUAAGGUCUAAUAGGCUUAAAAAUUGCAUAAUGCCUUCAGAUAAGGACUUGGCAAGAAAUGGAAGGGGCUCCGCAAUUCUGAAAACCUGCCACCAUGACGGUGUUGAUCUGUUUCCAGUCAAAUGGGUUGACAAUAGAGCGGUAACCACACUCAGUACAUUUGCUGCUAUUGAGCCCAUGAAACGGGUCAAAAGAUGGGACAAAAGGCUAAAAGGGAAAUCUAGGUAACUUGUCCAUCGGUAAUCAUGGUUUACAAUAAAUUCAUGGGUGGUGUGGAUCUUCUCGCUUCACUGUUGGCCGUAUACAGGAUACCAGUAAGGUCCAAAAAAUAGUAUCACUGUAUAAUAUUCCACUUUCUGGAUACCAGUAUGGCAGUUGUGCUGGCAUGGCUGAUCUAUAGGCUGAUUGUACUAAUGUGAAUUGCGACAAAAUAUAUCCUCGGUGUACUUGAUUUCAACACCAAGAUGGCCGUAUGCCUAAUGAAAGAAGGUAAAGCAGGGUUUAGGAAACUUGGUAGUCCUUCAUUGGAUAUAGCGCCUCAACUUGCAGCUAAAAAUUUGAGUGGUCCUACUGCAGCUGUUCCACCCUUACCAGUAAAAGCUGAUUAUAUUUGGCACUUUCCUGAGCCACUUGAAAACAAAGGAAGAUGCAAGAGACCAGGUUGCGAAGAAUUUUCAAGAAUAAAAUGUGCAUAAUGUAAAGUUCACAUUGCUUCAAACAGUUCCACCAGCAUUAAACCUGCAUUUCACAUAUGUAUAUAAGUAUUUACUGUCCCUCUAUGUGCUCUAUAUACGGAUGACAUGAUUUUCUAUAUUUUUGUGUAAAAAAUGCUUAUAAAAUAUGAUUUUUAUAAUGAUCUUUUUCAUGAUAUAAAAGCAUAAUAUGAAGAUAUGCUUGUAAGCUUAGUACUGAUGACCAUUGUUUGUGUAAACGAUUAAAUAUUCACCUUUUAAAAAUAUUAUUGUUAUCGUUUCCUUUUCUUGUUCAGUUUUACUUUUCUGACCUUUAAGACGCACUGUUGCCAUAUGGCAACAUACCAAUAAAAUCAUUAUUUUAUUUUAAAAAAUUAUUUUUCUUGCAUAUUAUGUCUAUUUAAGUCCAAUAACUAUGAAACAGUUUUACUUUUCUGACCUUUAAGACGCACUGUUGCCAUAUGGCAACAUACCAAUAAAAUCAUUAUUUUAUUUUAAAAAAUUAUUUUUCUUGCAUAUUAUGUCUAUUUAAGUCCAAUAACUAUGAAGUAUGCCAUCAAAAAUUUUUUUUCCAUAAAAAACUAAAAUUGCGUAAUAGAAAUCUUAUGAAAUCUAGACAUAGUAUUUUAUGUGUGAUUUAAUUAUUUUACAUUUAAUUAUGGUCAAUUUGUUUGUUAAGACUAGUGCAUCAAGUACCUUUAUCCAUAUCUAGUGCAUCAAGUACCUUUAUCCAUAUCGCUUUAAUUUAAUCAGUAGACAAUAAUAAUAUCCGUCAUCAAUUUUUGUUAAGCUUCAUCUUGUUGAAUUGGGACCACCGUCAACUUUCAUAGGUCAUCGUCUGUCAAGACUGUCAUUUUCCACAGACUCCAGCACACAGAUAUCAGAGGAUGUUGUACAUUGUCACUUUCCAGUAAGUCAUUAUGGUCAACAGCUUGACCUUCACCUUGGUAGGAAUGCUAGAAACUUGGCCUCACAAUCAGUUCAUCGAAUUCAGGCGUCAGGGCAGGUUGGUAGUAUUUGAUAUAAUUAUUCAGUAGGCAGGUUGGUAAUGUUUGAUAAAAUUAUUGAGUAGGCAGGUUGGUAGUAUUUGAUAUAAUUAUUCAGUAGGCAGGUUGGUAGUAUUUGAUAUAAUUAUUCAGUAGGCAGGUUGGUAGUAUUUGAUAUAAUUAUUCAGUAGGCAGGUUGGUAGUAUUUGAUAUAAUUAUUCAGUAGGCAGGUUGGUAAUGUUUUAUAAAAUUAUUGAGUAGGCAGGUUGGUAGUGAUUGAUAUAAUUAUUGAGUAGGCAGGUUGGUAAUGAUAUAAUGAUUGAGUGGGCAGGUUUGUAGUAUUUGAUGUAAUUAUUGAGUGGGCUAGUAUGUAGUAUUGAUAUAAUUAUUGAGGCAACCACUGUGCGGAGAAACUUUAAAUGUACAGAUCUUAACUCUGGACAUUCCUCAUUAAACAUGAUUAUUGGAAUUAUCUAUUAAUUAGAUAUAGGCUACAUCUAUUUCAUAACUUAAGAAAGGUUAAAGUAGCAGGACAUAGAUUAUAAAAGCAUUUUCCACACAAAAAAUAUAUAAAUAAAAUGUAUUGCCAGAUAUUGACCCCUUCAAAGUGUUAAUGUAACAUGAAUCUGAUGUGAGUCCCCCUUCAAAGUGUUACUGUAACAUGAAUCUGAUGUGAGUCCCCCUUCAAAGUGUUAAUGUAACAUGAAUCUGAUUUGAGUCUUAUUUUCUUGGUUUAUGGGAUGGAUAUUUACUUGGAUAUUUUCUUUUUUAAAAACAUUUUUAAUUUAUUGAAUUUAGGCUACAUUGAAAAAAAAAUUGAUUUUAUUCUUUUAUUCAGCUUCAAGGUGGUGAUUUUUACUGGCGAGCAUUGCUUGAUGUUGUUAUAAAACAGCUUGGAUUGUCUGUUCCUGAAAAGAUCAAAGGAAUGCGGGGACUGCAUAAAAAGUGUCAAACAUUCCAGGAAUACGUUAAGGCAGCUUUUAAAAAACUUGGCUUGUCCCCAGAUUUGGUACGUUGACUUGUAGCACUGAUGCACAUUGCUGCUUGCCUUAUCUCCCUUUUCUAUCAAUAUUUAGUUUAUUAUCAACCAACAGUUGCUACUAACUGAACUCAGUAAGUGUGUUUGUGUGUGCGCUAAAAACAGGUGCUCAGUUUCCACACAUGAAAAACGUUCUACUCAUAGAAAUGAACAUUUUCAUCCAAGACAUAGUCUAGGGCAGUGAUUUUCAUCCCAGGUUCUGUGUCAGCCUGGGGUAAGAAAUAGUCUAGGGCAGUGAUUUUCAUCCCAGGUUCUGUGUCAGCCUGAGGUAAGACAUAGUCUAGGGCAGUGAUUUUUAUCCCAGGUUCUGUGUCAGCCUGGGGUAAGACAUAGUCUAGGGCAGUGAUUUUCAUCCCAGGUUCUGUGUCAGCCUGGGGUAAGACAUAGUCUAGGGCAGUGAUUCUCAAUGCAGGUACUGUGUUGCCUUGGGGUAAGACUUAGUCAGUUCUGUGAUUGACAUAGUCUACUGCUGUGAUUUUCAAUGCAGGUACUGUGUCAGCCAGGGGUUGAUGUUAAACAUUGUAUAUAAGAGACAUAACUCAAAACAUAUACUGAGUUGUGAGUUAAAUACAUUUUUAUAUACAAGAAUUUAAGCAGAUUACUUGACAACAUUAUAAAUACAAGAAUUUAAGCAUCAUGUUACACAUAUAUAUACAAAACUUAUACCGGUCGCAGUUAAUCUAUAAAGGUAUUCUACAAAAUUGAGUCUGUUUACCUCUAUAUAACUUUCUAAAGUAAUUCUCUUUAUUUGAGUAAAUUUGUUGCCAGUUAUUAAUAGUAUUUGAGAAGAAAUUUUCCACCAAGUUUUUCCAACAAUACUAUUUAUUAAAUGCUUUAUUUCCAUGAUUUAAGUCAUAACUGUUUCUCUUGAUCUCAGAUCAGUGGAGAGCUACUGAGUGAAACAGAGGAACUCUACAAGCACACCAAGUCACAGAUGGUGGCAUUUUUUCAGCUUAAGUUGGUCUUGGCACCUUUGAUAGAGGCCCUUAUACUGCUGGAUAGAUUGUUGUUUUUACUGGAGCAGGUCAGUCCCACAUGGGUUCUCUGUGGUGUUAGUUGAUGUUGGCAGGUCAGUGCGACAUGGGUUGUCUGUGGUGUUGGUUGAUGUUUGACAAUGUUAACUUUUCAACUAAUUCAUUUGAUGAAUUUUCUUCUAUGUUGGUACAAAUUUGUUCCCAAAAAGAAAAAAACAUUUGAUUAAAAAUUCUUCUAUUUCCAGGAUGAAGUCCACUCUGCGGAUCUGGUUCAACUGUUUGAUCCAGUGACAUCACCAAGGUGUUACGCUCUGAUUGCUGUCAAAAGUCAAACUUGACAAGCUACAAAUCAAACCCGAGAAUUAUUUAUAUGUAAA